UUCUAUGUUACUAGUCUUUUUCAAACUGUUAUCAAAGCAACCUCAAUCUCAUUCUUCACUGCAUAUAUACCAAACAAAUGCAAUUCAAAGUCUUCAACUACCCUCUGAAAAAAAACACCCCAUACUAAGCAAACCAAACCACCUUCUUCUUCUUCCUCUUCACACCAUUAAUAUUGUCUGCAAUUCUAUUAGAGCAAGGAGACACAUACACAAAGAUGGGUGUCAUCAAAAUCAACCAAUCAUUCAAAACAAAAGUGACUCCAGAUAGGAUGUUCAAGGCCUUGAUCCUUGACUCACACAACCUUUGCCCAAACCUCUUGUUUUCUUCAAUCAAGAGCAUUGAGUUCAUUGAAGGAAAUGGAGAGGUUGGAAGCAUCAAGCAAAUGAACUUCACUGAAGCAAUUCCUUUCAAAUAUGUGAAAAAUCGAGUAGACUUCCUUGACAAAGAGAAUUUUACGUGCAAGUACACUUUGAUCGAAGGAGAUGUAUUGAUGGACAAGCUCGAAUCAAUUGUUUGCGAGGUCAAGUUUGAGCCUUAUGGUUUCACAGGGUGUCUUUGUAAAGUGACAAAUGAGUACAACCCAAAAGAGAAUGUAGAGAUCACAAAAGAAGAGAUUGAGAAUGGGCCAAUCCAUCUCAGCAAAGCCAUUGGAAUGUAUGAAGUUGUUGAAGCCUAUCUCUUGGCUCACCCUCGUGCCUAUACUUAGAAUUUUUAUACAUGUCAUUGCGAAGAUUGUGUAUUUUCUUUUCUGUUUUUUUUUUUUUUAAGAUCUAAUAGUCUUUUUACUCUCUUUUUAUACAUGUCAUUGCGAAGAUUGGGGUUUCAUCCUGACUAAUUCUCGAAUACAUGUAGUUUCUCAUUUCACAUAUAUCAUAUAAUUAUUGGACUAAAACUCGGCGAAUAGACUUUU